AUGUCAGUAAUGAGGGGUAGGAAACCGGCAACCGUCACGAAUGCUCCUGGUUCCCCUAGCAGACCAUCUACACGAGCUCCGUCUGUUGCUUCUGUCACUCCUGGAAGACGCAAGGCUGAAGACCUUCCUCCACCACCACCUCCUCCCCCACCGACUUCCAUUCCUCUUCAUAAUAAACCCGAAGACGAGACGGAUGAAGACGAGAGACAGCUACAGUGGAACACAGUGAUGUCAGGACUGAAAGGCUUUCAGAAACUCGUACUGCCAAAGAAAGAUGAGUGGGAGGUCGUCAAUGAAGAGUUCGAAGGUGUCACCGACGAACGAAGCUUGCCUGGAGGUUUCCCUCAAGGAGGUCACUACGAUCCAAGAAUGUCAUUCAGUCGAGCGACAGCAUCUCGUCGUCGGCUAAAGCGUCCUCCACCUCUCCCUUCAUCCUCAACAGAGUCUCUUCCGCCUGUCCUGAAACCAGUUUUCUGUCUCCACUUUCCGGCACCUUCCAUUCCCACAUCCGAGCCCAGUCACAGGAAUGUCAGUUCAAGCACGAUCCGAAUACGACGAGAGUCUUCUGUUGGCGCGGAAUCUCGAGGUAGCGUCAAUUCUAUAAAUGCUAAAGAUGAACAGGGACAGGAUGACGUGGAAUUUGUUGACGAUGCUUUGGACGAUACCUCGUCUAUCUGGUCCGGGACGCAGAGAGCCGAUUCAAGAUUCCAUCAAGACGGUUCGUACACUGCUGUCAUUGCUGGAGCACCGCUGGACGUCCCUGUGACGGAAGUCGAAAAGGGCGAGGUCGGCAUUGUGGGCGGGACGAUUGUGAUACGAGGGAUCACAAGGGAGGACGAAAGAGAAGCUCUACAGAAUAUUCUCUCUCUUCUUAUAUAUACCAUCCAAACAGUGCUGCUCGAACUCGAGCUGCUUGAUGCGUUCCGCGUAGAGCGUCAACACGAUGCAGCACCCAUACCUCCAGCUCCACCUCCCAAAACGGAUAAUCAUCAAAACGAUGAAUACGAGGUCCGACGAUCCAAUUCUGGGAAAGAACGCAAAGAUGGUGCUCGGGCUUUCUUCCGUCGAUUGGGAAAGGGAGAAAUGUUCGGACAUCUCCUCGGUCGACGACGUGGCUCGUCAUCUGGAGAUCAGCCCGGAAGUCCUCUCGUUGGUACCUUCCCUACUGCCUCACGCUCUGUCAGCGAAUCUUUGCCUGUCGGUCUCAGAAACCUACCAUUGACACCUUCCUCGGCCACCUCAUCGCCUCUCCUUCAUACUGCAAGCACGCGUCAUAUGCAGAAUGCAACAGACCGAUUUCUUCUGAUAUUGGAAAAGCUCGAAGCGAUUCUACCGUCCACGACGCCUGGUCUGAGAGUUCCCAUGCCUCCUCUACUACUGAGGAUGAAAGAAGAACAUCAAGUACGUGUGGAUAAGGCCAAACAAGAGAUACAGGACGAAUGUCCCCCUUCUGAUGGGUUACCUGCCGGACUGGGGUUGACACCGUUGGGAAAGCCCACUAAAGAUAUAGUCCGCGGACGAGCACUUGGGUAUAGACUCGGUGGGGAUGUUCGAGCGGGUCUUCAAGCUCUUACUCCUCGUCUGGAAACGUUUGAUGGAUGGGCAAGGUUACAAAGAUUGGAGGUGAUCUCAUGCGUGGGUGUAGAGGAGCCAGCACCUACAUCGACCACCUAUAUCACAUGCCAUAGACCGAAGCUCCUAUCAAUCCCCUUCUUCGAUCAGGAGAAGGAUCAAACGCUUGUGGAAUUUGUAAAGAGCGUGGAGGGGACUGACGACGAGAUGCUCGGUUGUUCGAGGGCGGGCUGCGAAGUGUUGGCGCGAGAUCAUCUAAGAUGGUGGAUUCAUGCGGAGAAAAAGGUGAUCAUGCGGACCGAGCGAUCUGCUAUCGAGGGAGAGGAUAUCGUGGACGCUUGGGUUGAAUGUCGGAAAUGCGGAAAGGGGAGUCUGCCAAGAAAUUUGGGCAAGCUUGCGUUAUCCUUUUCAUGGGCAAAAUUUCUAGAACUGGUGAUAUAUACGGACAUCCUCAUCCCAACCAAUCUCUGCGCACAUAAAAACAGUGGCGAUCUCGUGCGGUGUAUCAGAUCUUCGGCCGUCACGCUUCGCUUUUCGGUGGAGAAUAUCUCGAUACUAGAUACUCGACUUCCGAAAUUACAAGUUGGUCCUAAUGUGGCCAAACGGAAAGCGGGCAAGGAGGCUGUCGAUGCUGCGGUGGACGGUCUGAUGCGGCAGGAGACAAGGGAGGAGCAGAUUGAUGGUAUACGCAACGAUGUGGACAAAUCUUUUCGUGGUUUCGAGCAGAGAGUAGACCAAUUGAGAAAGAUUGCGUCCCCAGAAGACAACAUCUCUGAGAAAGAGCAGACCGAUCUGACUAAAUCUGAGCUGCAAAAGAUUGACGAGGCCGUCAAAAUACGCCGAGCUGCGGUGAUUGAGCUUGAUAUAUUGAGGGAAGAGGCCAUUCGAGUCGAGAAGGGUCUGAAGGAUACAAUCUCCUCGAGUCAGGCAUUACGCCUCAAUGACAUUCGCCGUCAAUUUUCGUCACAAAUGAAUGUCUUGAGUGCAAAACUUGACACGUGGCGAAAGAAGAACAAGAUUGAUAGCCCUCCUGGUACACCUCUUUGGCGCCCGGAAUAUGCUGCUGAGAAAGUACAUGCUCUACCCGGGAGCUCCAUCCUUAUCCGAGAAGACGAACCUAGCUCAGUCAUCGCCUACACUCUCUCUUCCGUUCAUUACUUUAACGAACUCGCAGCAAGUGGUAAAGCUGUCUCUGACGAUGUUCCCAACACUUCAAGCAAAGUCACCGACAUUGGCAUCACCGCCGAUCCACCUGGUGAAAGUUGGGUCAUCGAAGUCAAACGUCGUGAUAGUCCUCGAGACUUGUUGAGUCUCCGUGCCAUAUCCAAGAAGAAAUCCGAAAUUUCCGUCGUCAGCGCCGCAGGAAGAUUACCCAUGACACUCAGUCCCAGUGCUCCCGCAGUGGCAUUAUCACAUGAACAAGGUAAAGGUGAACAUAAACAAGGUGAAAAUUUGACGGAUUUCGUUAAAAGUAUCAGUAAAGCCACGGCCCAAGAUCCAAUCUUGACUAUGAAAGCUAGAUCACCUUCCAUGUCAGAAUCAGACAAACCUCCAAUCGUCGUUCCUAUUUCAGUAUCUCCUUCUACCGAAAUUGUCUCAACACCGACAUCUACAAUCACUUCGAAUCGAGCAUCUCCUCGUUCUCCUUCUCACCUUUCACGUCGAACUCUUGAAUCAGGAUCCAAUGCACCUCCUUCUGCUUUUCGACCAACUCGUGUAGUCUCCCCCUCUCUAACUACUCCUAUCACACCAAACACACCUUCAUCCUCUAAAGACGGUUGGUCAUCAGUCACAUCUUCGUUUUCCAACUCUUUCAAUCAAUUACUCAAAUUAGGUACUGGUGCGGCGGAAUCAAUAGGAUCUCUCAAAGUUCCAAUGAGAGGUGCAGAUCGAUCUCUUUCGUCUUUGAUAGGACCAUUAAGUAUGAUGAGUAAUAUGGAUAAUUCGUUGAAUCAUUUUGAUGAUAGACCUCAUAUUCAAUUCACUUACACUUUGGGGGAUAAAUUGAAAUUGGGAUGUACGGUGUAUUACGCUACUGCGUUCGAUUCUUUAAGAAGGAGAUGUGCCAUUGAUAAAAGUAUCAUUAUGAGUUUAGCUAGGAGUGAAACUUGGCAAGCUGAAGGAGGGAAGAGUAAAGCUUGUUUUUUCAAGACUAAAGAUGGGAGGUAUAUAGUGAAGGAAUUGGUCAGUAAAUGGAAUGUGAGCGAUACACAAGCCCUAUUAGAGAUCGGCCCGGCGUAUUUUGAACAUCUUGCUUCGACUCAUAACAAAGCAACUUCCCUCGCUAAGAUCGUUGGGUUUUAUACCGUUCGUAUACAUGAUCUGCAAAACUCCACAAAACGAUCACUAGAUCUUCUGGUAAUGGAAAACCUAUUUUACAAACAGACGGUGGAAAGGACGUAUGAUUUAAAAGGUAUUGAAGGACGUAAAAUCCCAAAAACCGCUCAAGGAGGAGGGACGUUAUUCGACGGGGAAUGGUUGGAAGCACAACAACGAAAUCCAAUUUUGGUUUAUCCUCAUUCAAAACGCGCUUUACUCGAGGCGAUCUCAACAGACACACGAUUUCUUUCAAGUCAAAGUAUCAUGGAUUAUUCUCUUCUAUUAGGAUUAGACAAAAAGAAAUCAGAAUUAGUGGUGGGGUUGGUAGAUGCCAUCGGGUCAUAUAGUCUUUUCAAAACUAUUGAAAGUCGGAGUAAACAAGCUUUGAAUAGAGGUGGUGAAGUGACGAUUAUUCCCCCUGAUCAAUAUCGCGAAAGGUUCGAAACUGCACUUCGAGGAUACUUCUUGGCAUGUCCGGAUAAAUGGAGUCGAUCACGUUUUCCGGCUCCUUCUACACUUCCUUCUAUUCUUUAA